CGUCCGUCGACGCCCUUGACCCGGCGUUAUAUAGCUCUCCAUCUCGUCUGCCUGGCCGCCAUGUCUUUACCAAAGCGCAUUAUCAAGGAGACCGAACGUCUAGUGGCCGACCCCGCGCCAGGGAUCACGGCAACGCCGCACGAAGACAAUCUACGAUACUUCGACGUGACCAUCCAGGGCCCGGACGGAAGCCCGUUCCAGAAUGGAAUUUUCCGAUUGGAGUUGUUCUUGCCGGAGGAGUACCCCAUGGCGCCGCCGAAAGUGCGGUUCCUGACGAAGAUCUACCAUCCCAACAUCGACAAGCUCGGCCGCAUCUGUCUUGACAUCCUCAAAGAUAAAUGGUCCCCCGCGCUCCAGAUCCGGACCGUGCUGCUGUCAAUACAGGCCCUGCUCAGCUCGCCCAACCCGGACGACCCGCUCGCCACCGAUGUUGCGAAGCACUACAAGGAGGAUGAGAAGGACGCGCAACGCGUGAGCCGGGAGUGGACAGAGAAGUUCGCCUCAUAGGGCAGGCGGGCAGCUCGGGCGCUAGAAAGCGAGGGAGAGAGAGAGAGAGAGAGAGAAUA